GACUCUCGGCGAGUAUGAUUCCCCCAGGUCUCGUGAAUUCGAUUAAAAAUUGCAACCGAUUGAUUUAAAAAAUUAAAAAUGGGACUCAGUGAUCGAUGGGCGCUGGCAGUGUUGGUGACAAUGACCAUUCAAGCAGGUGACCCAGUUCUUGGCUAUUAUGUGUAUUUAAAUAUCACGAUUUUUCCCCUGUGCAUUGUCAAUCAAGGAAGGGCUAUCGACUGCUUCAAGUGCGUUUCACUUGGGGGUGACAACAAAGCCUGCGACGAUCCGUUUCACAACAAUGGAACUCUCGAGUUCUUAGAGUCUCCCUGUCUAGGGGGACGCAAAGGUCGGGAUGGUCUCUUUCCAGCGACUGCUUGCAUAAAACUUGAUGGAAUUUAUGAUGAAACUGGUGUAUCCCUCACCAUACGCAAUUGUGCAUUAGAUAGUGGAACUCUAACAACAGAUUCGGAACUUGUCAGAUCGUCGCAUUGCGGUGGAUUUUAUUACGACGGAAAAUAUGUGAGAGGCUGCGUGCAGUCGUGCAGUGAUUCCGAUGCUUGCAACGGCGGCACCACAACCAAAAGAAAUAUAAUCAUCGAUUUAAUGCUGAUUCUAACUACUCUUAGAUUGAUUUUCCGUUACACGAUUAAUUUUGUCACCUAAUUAAGUGAAUUUCAUUCUUUAAGAUUCAAUAAUCGUACUGCCGCCAUCGAGAUCUUCUCAAUCCACCUCUUGUUCAUUUUGUAUACAUAAACACGUGUCUUUAUUAAUUUUAUGAUAAUUAGUUAAUGAAAUAUUGAAUUCUAUUGAAAUAAAAUUGAGAAACAAAAUC